AUGGAGCUGCCAACGCACCAGCCGCUCGUCGACAACUCGGACGAGGAUCUCUCCGAUGAGCAGAUUCGAGAGCUGCUUAACGAGGCUGCUGAGCGCAUGCGUGCAAAGGCUGCGCAACCUGCAGCUAGGGCCGAAGCCCCAUUCAAGCUUCCCAAACUGACGCCCGGCCAUAUCGCCGAUACUUACGAAAAAACUCAUGGCAACAUUACUCGUCUAGAUCACUCAAAGCUUGUCGACAAGAAGCAAAAGGCCUUGGCUAACGGCAUCAAGAAGAUUGAGGACCCGCUGCAGAUCAAGAAGCAGAAGCAAGAGGAGAAGAAGGCAACUGCUGGCUCACAAUGGUUCAACAUGCCCAAGACCGACCUGACUCCAGAGUUGCGCCGAGACUUGCAGCUCCUCAAGAUGCGCAGCGUCCUGGAUCCCAAGCGUCACUACAAAAAGGACAACUCCAAGGGCGAUGUUCCUGCUUUCUCCCAAGUCGGCACCAUUAUUGAAGGCGCCACCGAAUUCUACAGCAGCCGUCUCAAGAACAAGGACCGCAAGCAGACCAUGCUCGAAGAAGUCAUUGCCCAGGAGCAAGACAGUGGCCGCUUCAACCGAAAAUACCAAGACAUCCAGGCGACCAAGUCGAGCGGAAAGAAGGCCCACUACAAGGCCCUCAAAGCAAAGCGCAACAAGGGCAAAAUUGUCAAGCCUUGA